AUGUCUUCAAAAGACAGCACAAGGGUGAGUAAGCGAGGUAUUCCACGUCGUCGCAAGGUUGCACUAGCCUGCGAGACUUGUCGGGAAAAGAAAGUGCGGUGUGACGGGGAGAAGCCGAUCUGUGGACCUUGCUCCCAGCGAUCAUACUCGAUUGACCGAUGUGUCUAUAAAAUCGAAAAUGCUCGCUCUGCUAGUAACGAUGCAUACUUGAAAGUGCUUCACGAUCGGAUUCGAGAACUCGAGGAAAUAUGCGCGCAAAAUGGCGUCAAGACUCCCGUACCCGUUCCAUCUGCCUCACAAACUGUUGGAGAAAAUGAAACCAGCGAUAUCAAUGAACAAGGACCAAAUAACGGUGACUUGGAUGCGGAGUCUAGAGCUUCUGUUGCUGCGGAAGGUUUGCUUGGACUGGGAUCGCAUGCCCCCCUUUCACAGGUUUCUUCGACGCCUGCCGCACCAGAGACGACCCCGCAAACAUAUCAAUCUCCUCUACAUUCAUCUCAAUCGGUGACAAGGGAAGCCGAGUCAAAUGUUUCAUCGCAUGAGAUCCGACGCCGUCAUGGGUCACUUCAAUUUUUACCUGCACACAUGUUCUCUUCUUCAUUAAAUUCCCACGGCAGUGUGACGGCAAUGGGCUCGAUAUCCGUUGCAGACGAUGGGGAAUGCGCUGAUUCACCACGAGAACAAUACUAUGGGAACUCAUCCGCGGCCUCUUUCAUGCGUCUUGCAAGAGACUCGGUGCCAAUCCGGUCUUAUUUACAAGCAUUGAGGCGAGCAGACCAUGAUACUCCAACGACUUUGAAUAGAGACACGGGGCUUUGGCAAGAUAUGAACACCACAGCAACCCCGUCAGGGUUCCAGAUCAGUGAUUUUUCACUCCCACCUCGACCAUUGGCAGACCAUCUACUUGAAUGUUAUUGGGAAAGGAUAUAUUGUCUCUAUCCGUUUUUUCACCGGCCGAGCUUUGAGCAGGCAUACGAAAAUCUCUGGGGCUCGGCCAAGUGGCCGAAGCCUAAUUUGCCGGAUCUGAACAUUGGGCUUGGAGGAUCGUUUGAUUCUGGGGCUCAGUCAAUUGUCUUCCACACUGCACUGAAUGCCAUUUUUGCCUUGAGCUGUCAUUUCUCUGAUAUUCCCGCUGGGGAACGCGAGACUGCGGCAUAUUCAUUCUUCCUUCGAGCCAAACGCUUUAUUGGUCUAGAUUUACUAGAUACAGGCACAAUUGGCGUAGUUCAGACUUUUCUUAUUGUUGCGCUUCUUCUUCAGAGUACCCCGUAUACAGACAGAUGCUGGAAUGCAAUCGGGCUCGCGUGCCGAGUCGGCCAGGGGCUUGGCUUGCACGAAACUACGACACAAAAAUCAAUUACACCUUUGGAAAAGGAGAUUCGGCGUCGGACUUGGCAUGGCUGUGUCAUGAUGGACAUGAUUUUGAGUAUGACCUACGGCAGACCAAGCAUGACAUCUCACAUAUCGCCUGUAUACCCUGUUCCCCUUCCUGCGAUGAGACCCCAGUCCGAAGCUGAAGAUCCAUGUGCGCUUAGUGGACAGCCUUGUGAUCAUAAGCUAGGCCAUCUCGCGUUUUAUGUCUCUACGAUUGAGCUUUACAAAAUUCUCGAAUCCAUCCUGGCCGAUGUUUACAACGCAUGGCAGGGUCAACCGCAUCAUCAACGCACCAUCUCCGUCCAAGGCACCCGGCAAAAUAGUCUAGAUGUCAUCAUGGAACUAGAUGAUCGGCUCUCGGCCUACGAGGCCAACAUUCCUCCCGUGCUUAACUGGACUACUCCACGACAAAAUUUCAGCCCUGAAAAUCGCCCACAACCUGUACUUCAGCGCCAGCAAAAUGUGCUACGAGCAAGGUUCAUUCAUCUCCGACUACUCUUAUAUCGUCCCAUGUUCACCCAGCUUUGCUCUGAGGAGCGCAUGGAUACCGCCCGGCACCCCGGUGCCGACAAAAACGCAAGUACAUCACGGCUAGAAAAGAAUGUGAUUUACACUUCCAUGUCUGUGAACUGCGCUACAGCAUGUGUGACGGCCGCCAUUGAAUUAGUCUCACUUGUAUACGGGACAUAUAUGACAUCUCUUACGGAUGCCUGGUGGUACAACGGUUUUUAUACAUCCACCGCAGGAUUUGUCCUGAUAAUGUCUUAUUCCUGCUCCUCGAUCUUGAAAAAGAUCGACUCACGCACUAUCGCCGACACAUGGCGUAAAUGCGAGAAAAUCCUUACUCACAUGGCAUCAUUCAGCCUCUCAGCACGUAACUCGCUGCAGUUUCUCCAAGUAACACAUCAUCACAUCGUGCAAAACUACACUACAGCUUCACAUCAUGAGGGACAUGGACCAUUCCCCACGUGCCAUUCGCAGCAGAGAAAGAAUACCCGGACAGAAAUUUCACCUCUGACCACCGAGAUCUUGCCGGAUGAAACCGUCCCCCGUGAUUUGGAUCAUGAUGGUUUGGGUAUCAACCCUUUGACAAGUUGGGAUGAGAUUGGUCUGGGGCAAGAGGAGUUCGGGUUCCUUGGGAGGUUUGAUGUGCCUGACAUUGCUAGCUGGUUCCCUGAUUUACCUGAUCCUACUUUGCCGACCUAG